AUGGAUCCUCCACGAAAUCGAAAGCAGCGUCGCGCCGCGGCUGCUGAGUCUGCCCCCACCGAGUCCGACAUUCCCCUCGCGCUUCCGCCACGCGGCGAUUCAUCAAAACCCAAAGGACAGAAAACACUAUAUGAUAUUAUUGACGAGCGUCAAAAUGAGCUUCGCGGCAAGCAAACAGGCUCAAAACCUAUAUCGGCAUCGGAAAGGAAAACAAGGCAGUCCGCCCAGUCAACGGGAACCCGCUUCGUGACCGUGGAUGCGUCCGGAGCUAUUGUGGACACCGGAGGCGAUGAUAUUGCGAAGAGCAUCGGAAAGAAGACCAAGAACAACAAUGAAGACGAUUUCGAGAUCGACCAGCCCCUUCCACCCUUCCUCGAUACCCUUUUGCUCUCUAUCCCCCUCACAACCCUCCAUCUCACCCUCGACUACAUGGCUGCGUACAUGUACGCCCAAUCCACAGACGUUCCACUCUUGAUAAAAUCCGCAAUCAUCAAAACCUUCCCACUGCUCACAUUCCUCGUUCACUUUGCCCACGGCCACGUCGUCUCCUUUCGACUUCCACGAUGGAGCUUUCUGAAUCCGCAGCCUGUUUCCGUCCUCCCACUCACACAAGACAAAUUUAACCUGUCAUUCCUACGGCGCUUGAUCCUACCUCCGACUCUUAGAACGAUUUUCUACCUACCUCUCGCGGCGAUGCUGGGUGCGCAUCUUAUUACCAUUACGAACGAAGACCCAUACUACGCUGUGAUGCAGAAGGCGCCUGCGUAUGGGACGGUGUGGAUCUGGUGUAUACUCGAAAUGGCAUUUGGGCCAGCGGUUCUGGGAGCACUGGGACCGCUUAUAUGGGGCGUUUGGUGGAUGGGUUAUGGCAUUGUCUGA